UCAGCUGCCGCGAGCAGGAAGUGUCCGAAGGCGGGCGGAGACAGCGCGAUGGCCCCGGACCCCUGGUUCUCCACGUACGAUGCCACCUGCCAAAUCGCGCAAGACAUCGCCGAGAAAAUCCAACAGCAAAAUCAGCAUGGAAGAAGUGGUGAAAAUACAAUCAGGCUGACCGUGACAAUCAGAGCUUUGUUGCAGAGUCUGAAGGAAAAGAUCGCCCUUUUGAAGGACUUAUUGCUAAGAGCUGUGUCAACACAUCAGAUAACACAGCUUGAAGGAGACCGGAGACAGAACCUUCUGGAUGAACUCAUAACCCGGGAGAGGCUACUUCUGGCAUCCUUUAAGAACGAGGGGGCAGAGCCCGAUCUCAUCAGGUCCAGCCUGAUGACUGGAGGGGCUAAGCAAGGAGUACCCAACCCUUGGCUCUUCGAGGAGCCAGAGGAGACCAGAGGCCUGGGUUUUGAUGAAAUCCGGCAACAGCAGCAGAAAAUUAUCCAAGAACAGGAUGCAGGCCUCGAUGCCCUGUCCUCUAUCAUAAGUCGUCAGAAACAGAUGGGAAAGGAGAUUGGGAAUGAACUAGAUGAACAAAAUGAGAUAAUUGAUGACCUCGCCAACCUGGUGGAGAACACAGACGGGAAACUCCGCACGGAGACCAGGCGUAUGAACAUAGUGGACAGAAAGUCAACAUCUUGCGGAAUGGUCAUGGUGAUUUUACUGCUGCUCGUGGCCAUUGUGGUCGUGGCGGUCUGGCCCACCAACUAGCGGCAGUGAAGGGCCCCCCCCAGCUGUGACACCCGCCAGCGACGGACAAAAGCUCGGCACCCCGUUGGUACGCGAAAAAGCUGCUCCCAAUAAAUUCCCCCCCGACGCUCUGAA